ACAUUUACAGGUCGGAUGACCAUUGAACCGCUAACACCCUCAUAUCAAAACACUUCCUUCUCUGAAUAUAAGGUAACAUCUCUGCUGCUCAGUGCUAAUUACAAAGAUAAGCUUAUCAUCACACAGGACAGAAAGUGUUGUGGACGCCAAGGCUGUAAGUCGGCGAAGGACCUUAGGGAAAAUUUAUUGUAUUAUCUGCAAACAACUUUUAUUUUAAGGAUGGCAACAAAAUGGGGAAUUGUAAGUGCUGGUAAAAUCAGUCAUGACUUUGUUGUUGCUUUAAGCACACUCUCCCAGGAAGAACACAAAGUUGUGGCUGUGGCUGCCAGAGAUCUUGAAAGAGCCCAGGCCUUUGCAGACCUACAUAAAAUUCCUUCUGUAUAUGGUUCAUAUGAAGAACUUGCAAAAGAUCCUAAUGUUGAUGUUGUAUACAUUGGAGCUGUCCAUCCGCAGCAUCUUCCUAUUGGAAAGAUGAUGUUGAAUAAUGGGAAGCCUAUACUCUGUGAAAAGCCAUUGACUAUGAAUUUGAAAGAAACAACUGAACUGAUUUCAUUAGCGAGGGAGAAAGGAUUGUUUUUGAUGGAAGCAAUUUGGUCUCGUUGUUUUCCUGCAUAUGACAUGCUGAGAAGGGAAAUGGAAGCAGGAAAUCUGGGUGAAAUCGUCCAGGUUAUUGUUAAUUUUGGCUUUCCAAUAGAAAGUGUGGACCGCAUGAGGUUGAAGGAGCUUGGUGGUGGAACUAUACUUGAUCUAGGAGUUUACUGCCUGCAGCUAGCUGUGCUCGUAUUUGGUCCUGUGAAUCCGACACACAUUGUUGCUUUGGGACAUUUAAAUGAGUUUGGAUGUGAUGAGAGCAUGGCAUGUGUUUUAAAGUAUGAAGGUGGUAAAACAGCUGUUCUGAGCACAAAUGCCCGUGUACUUCUUCCAAAUGAAGCAUAUAUAAUUGGGACUAAAGGAAGUAUAAAAAUACCAAACUUUUGGUGCCCUACAAGUUUGGCAACACCAGAGAAGACGUGUGAUUUCAUACUACCAACAGCAUCAAAGUCAUUUAAUUUUGUAAAUAGUGCAGGUCUACGCUAUGAAGCUAUGGAAGUUCGCCGUUGCUUGAGGGAAGGAUUGCUAGAAAGCCCCAAAAUAACCCAUGCUGAAAGUAAACUGAUUGCUGAAUUGGAAGACAAAUUGAGAAAAGAAAUUGGAGUUACAUAUGAACAAGAUGAGUAGUUGAAGCUUGGUAUUCAUUUGCACACUAUGUUAGCAAAAAGGUGUUAUUUUCAUAAUUACCUGCAUUUUCAGGGAAAACUGGGAGUAAAAUGUACAUAUGUGAGUCUGUGGAUGUUGUGAUAAUGCUUGACAGACUUUCUUGAAUUUUAUUUUUGUGCUUAGCAAUAUUCAUAAAAUAUUGUAGCACUCAGCUGUGUUUUACUCAACCGCCUGUCAGCAUCUUAAAUUCUCAUGGGUUUUAUGUGUAAUAUAUUGGUUAUGCUAUGACUGUAACAAGUAGAGUACUGAUGAGAGGACGUACAGCAUCAAGUCAAAAAUGAAAAAUACAAAUAUGAAAAUAGUAGUGACUAGUUUGCUGUAAAUUAUCUCAUAAGUAACAUUAAAUUCUAGUUUAGUGGAUCUCUAUGAAAAUUUCUAACUUCUUUUUUUUUUUAAGUAUAUAAACCAAUACUUUUUUUGGGAGCUGCACAGUAAUAUAGAAUAAAAUAUUUUUCUUCCUUAGCUGCUUUUUUUCCAACAAAAUUAUACCGUCAUCAAUGAGUUAUUUUUAUAUAAAAUAAUAUUGUAUUUCACAGUAUAUAUAAGACUAUUGACACACAUUGAACAUACUUUGGAAGUGUUUGCAGCAUUACCUACUGCUUUUUAUCUUUCAAGAGGAUUGGUUUUGCUAAUUCCAUUAAAAGUGUCUGUGCAUAUAUACAGUGUGUCAUCAAUAACACAAAUGCAAGUCAGUUUUGUGGAGAAAAUAAUAUGCCUUAAUAGAAGAAUGAAUCCAGUAGAAAAAAAUUAAUUGCAAACAGUAAAGGAUAACUUCAUCUUAACCAAAUUAAAAAUUAAAUCCUUUGAGUAGAAACUGUUGAAGAAUGAUGUAAUGAUAUUAUUUCUGAUUCAUUUUUUAGCAAAGUAGUAUUGCUAGACAGAAAUAUCUCAUAUUAUUUAUAUCUAUUAUACUGUUUGUGGGUAAAGAAGAAAAGACAUAUUUUUUGAUUAUGAAAAAUCCUCACAGCUUAGGCACUUACGGGGAAAUUGAAAAAAAUAUGAGACUUUUUCAAUGGGAAAACAGUAGCAAAAAUUACUUCAAAAUGUCAUUUGUAAGUGACUGACUCCUUUCAUGUAUUUACACAAUUGCUUCAGAAACUCUGUAAGCUGACUUCUACAGGUGGUGUGAAAUAAAACAUCUGAUCACUGGUGUUACAGUCUAAUGUAGCAUACAUUGCAGACUAUCUGCUCAUUGAAAUUUACAGCAUACCGGAAAGUGUGGCAGAAUAUUAUUUUUAUACUAUUAAUUUGUGAUGUUAUGCAUUUAACUAAUAAAAAUCCCUAAUACGGUUCUACAAA